AUUCAUCGAACUAUACAGCUUCUUGGUGGAAUAAGUAUAGGAAGUUUUGGUGCUGCAGCAUUAGCAAUGUCUAAUUCAAGAACUCCCCAUUCAUUUUUAGGAUUGACACUUUAUUGUUUAGUAUUUAUACAAUUAACAAUUGGAUUUAUUUCAAUAUGGAGUCAGGCAUCUUUAGUAUCGGUAAAUUUAGGGUAUCCUAGGCUUUUUAAAAGAACUCAUAAAUUUUUAGGGAUCUCUUUGUUAAUUGUUUCAUGGAUUAAUAUUUAUCUUGGCAUAGAUACUUAUAGUUUAUCAUAUGGAAUGGAUUUGUCACGUUAUAAAGUAUUAUACAUUGUUUGGAUAGUUCUCAUCAUACUAAUAUUUAUAAAUUGGGAUUUUUUAUUUAAUACAAAAAAAAUUUUUAAAUUUUCAAAAUAUAAUAAUAAUAAUGAAAGCGAAUGUGAGGAGGAUAACAGUGGUAAUCAAGAAACAAAAAAUUUUAUAAUUAAAUGUCUUGGUGAUGGAAAAUAUAAUCAAUUACAAGAGUUGACAUUGGAUGAAUUUAAUGAUAAUGUUCAAAGAGGU